UGGCUGGCCAAGUGGCCCACGGCCCUUGUGCUCUGUGCGGCUCUUCAGAAGGGCUUUUGGGGCUGCAGCAGGACUGUCGGUCUGCAGGAUCCUGUGCUGGGGCAGCUCUGAGGCACCCCAUGGAUGGGGCAGCACAGCACAGCGAGGAGCAAGGACAGAGUGAUGGCAGCAGCUGGAUCAUUCCUCGAUAUUAAUAGACAUUCCCAAGAAAGCAGCAAGGACAGAGUGGGUAUGGCACUAAAUAAGGGCGGUGAGUGCCCGGCACCGGCCAUGGCUGCAGCCCAGGAGCAGGAGCCUGUGGCGAGGCUGAGGAGGGCAGGGGUGAUGGGUGAGGGUGCCGGGUAUUGGGAUGUCGUGGUGUUGGGAUGUCGUGGUGUUGGGGUGCUGCGGUGUUGGGGUACCGAGGUGUCAGGGUGCCGUGGCAGCGCAGGGUGGUGGCAAUCAGGGAGCUGUGCCCAGGAACAGGGCAGGGGCUGUGCGGGCAGCGAGAUAGCCGGACCGCGCCGUGCAGAGCCGCGCUAUGCCGUGCCGGGACGUGACAGCCCCGCCGCGAUCCGGGUUCCCAGCGGAGGCGGAGCCGCGCAGGGAGGAUCCCGGGACGAGCAGCGGCGGAGCGGCCAUCGCUCGGCACCGCCCGGCGCGGCGCGGCCCGGCACAGCGCGGUACGGUACGGUGCGUAACGCCCACCGCGGCAGCGGGGCUGCUCCUGGGGCAGCGGGGCUGAGGGUGCGCCCGGCUCGGGGGGGCCGGAGGGUCCCGGCCGGGAGCGGGGCCGUCCCGGUGCGGGGUCCCGCGCUGCCCCCCCCCCGUGCCCGUCCCGUUGUUGGGGCGGCCGGGGCUGACCCGUCGCCGCAGCCGCACCGCGGGGAUGGCCGCCCGCAUCCUGCACCGCCUGCGGCACGCGUUGGGCGCGGAGGGCGCCCGGGAGGAGCGGACACACGACGGCGUUGAGGCCGAGGACUGCCCCGAGAGCUCGGAGCUGGAGGACGACACCGAAGGGCUGUCCACGCGCCUCAGCGGCACCCUGAGCUUCAGCGGGCACGAGGAGGACGAGGAGGAGGAGGAGGAGGAGGAGGACGGCGGCGGCGGCGGCGGCGAGGAGCUGCAGGCGGGGGAUGCCGCGCAGGACGGAGGCAGGUGCUGGGAUGGGUGCCCUGGGCUCCCGCCGCCCCGGCGCCCGCUGAGCCCUUCUCCCCGCACAGAGUGGGGCCCGGCGGCGCGGCCCGGCAGCCUGCUGACCCGGCAGCUGCAGGAGCUGUGGCGGCGGUCGCGGAGCAGCUUCGUACCGCAGCGGCUGCUCUUCGAGGUCACCAGCGCCAGCGUGGUCAGCGAGCGCUCCUCCAAGUACGUGCUCUACACCAUCUACCUGAUCCGCUCGGGGCACUUGGACAAGGCUCCCGCCGCCAUCUCCCGUCGCUACUCAGACUUCGAGCGGCUGAACCGCCGCCUGCGCGGCCGCUUUGGCUGCGACAUGGCGGGCAUCGCCUUCCCCAGGAAGAGACUGCGGCGCAACUUUACGGCCGAGACCAUCGCCAAGCGGAGCCGAGCCUUCGAGCAGUUCCUGUCCCACCUGCACUCCAUCGCUGAGAUCCGCCGCUCCCCCGAGUUCCUUGAAUUCUUCUUCCUGCAGGACCUACGCGCCGCCCAGCGCCUCACCUGCACCGGCAUGUACCGCGAAGCUCUGGCCACCUGGGCCAACGCCUACCGGCUGCAGGACCGCCUGGGGGUGUGCGGCUCUGGCCGCUUCCUCCUGACGCUGGCCGGGUUGGUCGUCUGCCACCAGGAGUUGGACCAGCUGGGUGAAGCCCAUGGCUGCUGCGAACAGGCGCUGCAGCUGCUGGAGGCCCAGGACAGCCACCCACUGCUGGGGCCCUUCCUCCAGGCUCACGUCCACCUGGCCUGGAAAGUGGGCAAGGACAAGCGGCGGUCGGAAGCCCGGCUGCAGGGCCUGCAGGAGGCCGGCGUGCCCUUGCAGCAGCAGCCCAGCCUGAAGGAGUGUCUCAUCAAGGAACCUCUGGAGUGAGGCUAGGGGCCGUGGGGUGCAGACAGUUUGCGCUCUGGGGCGGGACAGGGAGCAGAGAGGGUUGGGAUGGGGCACAGAGGCAGAGUUGUGAUGGCACAGUCUGUACGUGGUGGCUGGGAUCAGGGUUGGCCCCUCUGGGAGCUCUCUCUUGAAAAUGCACUUUCUAUAUCAGUUUU